AUGUCUGCGACAACAGACCCCAACCCGUCUGAUGGCUGCCCUGCCUUCAUUCCCCUCGAGGCCAACCCCCAGCUCAUGACAACGCUCAUCCACAAGCUUGGUGUCUCUGAUGCUCUCGAGAUGCACGACGUCUACUCGCUGACCGACCCCGACCUCCUCGCCUUCAUCCCCCGCCCUGCGCUCGCUUUACUCCUCGUAUUCCCCGUUAGCGCUGUGUACGAGAGUCAGCGUAUGGCAGAGGAUAGUUUGGCGGAUGAGUACAAGGGCAAGGGAGAUACAGAGCCUGUGCUUUGGUGGCCCCAGACUAUUCGCAACGCAUGUGGUCUGAUGGGCCUGUUGCAUGCUGUUACAAAUGGAAAUGCGCGAAGCUUUAUUCAGGAGGGUUCUACCCUUGAUAACAUCAUCAAGAAGAGCAUGCCUCUUGAUCCCCGUGGUCGCGCAAAGGUUCUUGAAACAACCCCCGAGUUAGCGACUGCCCAUAAAGAAGCUGCCACCCAAGGCGAUACGCCCGCGCCGGCUGCCGAGGACGACGUCGAGCUGCAUUAUGUUUGCUUUUCCAAGGGAACAGACAAUGGACUAUGGGAACUUGAUGGACGACGAAAGGGACCUAUUCGACGGGGCGACCUCGAGGAUAACGAGGAUGUGCUGAGCUCAAAGGGAUUGCACUUGGGUGUGCUGAAGUUUUUGGAGCGGGAGGGUGGUGAUUUGAGAUUCAGUGCUGUUGCGCUUGCUGGGUCUGUCGAUUAG